AUGCAACGUAUGCCCAAAGCUAUCGACCUCUCGGACACGGGUCACCCAUUGCCUCGCAGGUCACCACCUCGACAAGUCGCUUCAAAAGGAAAAAAAGCACACAAUGCCUCACCGGGCGACAGGGACGACGAGUCGGGCUCCUCGGGCCGUUUGCGAAGGAAUUCGACGGACGAGAGCAACGAGACCGGUCACAGCGACCCUAGGCAAUGGUUUAACCAGUCCAACCAAAACCCCAGCUAUGAUAUGAAUAACAUGGAAGCCGUCGUUGAGGCCUACGGUGACGCAAAGCAGCAGCGCAGAUGA